UUAGGCGUUGCAGAAGGUCAACACAGCACUUCCUUGUUCGCUCGACGUCGUUUCGUGUUUGUUAAAAUAUUAAUUUCCUUAAAGCCUAAACGCUGUUUUCACGAUAGCCGUUAGCCGUUAGCUUUUCGUCCUCGGUAGAAGAAGAAGCUGGAACCCAACAUGGAGGACAUGUACGUGACAGCAGGUAACCAGGAGCGGGGGUGGAACGACCCCCCUCAGUUCUCCUAUGGCCUUCAGACGGCCCGCCCCCCCCCAAGGAACCUCCUGAACAAGAGAGCAGCGCCACCUGCAGGUCCAGGAGCUCCACCCCCUUUGUAUUCCUCGGCCAACCCUCUGGCUCCAACUCAGUGUGGCUUAGCCCCGCCCCCUCUGUACAAAGCUGGUCCUCCACCUGGCUGCCUGGCACCGCCCCUUCCUCCAUCAGGACCAAUGAUGAGCCAGAAAGAGGCAGGCAGGAGCCAAUCAGAGAGCGUGCCUGAUGUGGAAGCAGUGGUGCUGGUGUUGAAGCGAGCGCUGGCCGCCUGCCGACAGACCAUCGGAGAUCAGGUGUGUAAUGAUGUGGACAAAAGGCUCCGCCUUCUGGAGGAUGGCUGGAGAUCAGGUCAGCUGAGUGUUCCUGUCAAGAGACGCAUGGACGCCCUGUCUCAAGAGUUGCAGUCGGGUCACUGGGACGCAGCUGACGAGAUCCAUCGUUCUCUGAUGGUCGAUCAUGUGACUGAGGUCAUUCCGUGGAUGGUUGGCGUUAAACGACUUAUCGCUGAGACGCGAAAUCUGAGUCCAGAACUCCUACAACUUCUUCAUCACCCUGCAGAGCCGGUCCAGGAGCCUGUCUCCCAGUCCUGACUCAGCAGCAGGUUUCCUUCGUCUCUUGACUCGGGCCCUUUGAACCAUCUCAGGACCUGGUGGCAACAAUCCUCACAUUCACACGGUUCAAAGCUCAAACCACAGGGAAGUAGGAGGUUCAGCAGUUUGCUCAAGGGAACUUCAACGAGGAUGGAUGUAUUGUUCAAAAACCCUUCUGUUCUGGACUCUGCAAUUUGGAUCAUGAACAUCUGGAUUCUGGAUUUUAGACUAUUAUUGGUGUCUGGACCACAGACUGCUAAUAAAAACAGAUGUAGACUUCAGGUCCAGGGAGUGAAGCCGAUGCUGAAGUGUCUGAAACCUGUCUUCUGUGUAGUGACCAGCAGGGGGCGACUCCUCUGGAAGUUUCUAUAGAAAGUGACUCUUCUUCUCACUUUAUCACGUCAGUAAACAUUCAGGAGUUUCUGUCUCAGUCUCUAGUUUCAAGUCUUCUUCAAACAGCUGAUGAUCAUUUAAUGAAUUAUGAUCAUUUAGAGUCAAACAGACCAUAAAGCACCGGAUGUGUUGGGGAGGGGGGGGCGGUAUACCACAGUUUGAUUGACAGCUGGUACCGUCCAAUGGGUGCAAAUGGCAGGUGUAGGGCAUGCAGUGUCCUUGAGCUUUCAGUCACUAUGGUCACUUCUAAAGGUGCUCGGGUUGAACGGCUAGCGAUCGCUAUCGGCCGAUAUUCCUUCUUAUUAGUUCUAUCAGCGAUCUCUCUAAACGCGGAUCAGAGGAGGAUCAGAUGAACCAAAACAAACGGCUCAUUCUCAACAGAGAUGAGAAGGAACUUUGGACUUUAGAUUCAAGGGGCUUUGAUUGGCUUUGAAUGGUAUCAACAGCUGUUUCCUGUGUGAGCUGCUGUUCUUUGAUCAUGUUUCCUGAUUGUUUCUACGAUUUACUUUGAAAUAUCCAUGACUUCUUCAUGAUUCAGUUCUUAGAAAAUAAAUACACCUUCAUUGUUCUGUAUUCCUCUGUUUGCUGGUAUCCAAAUAAACGUUGUCACGAUAACCCUAACCCAUAUCUCAAUAAAUCUUAUUAUGGAUGAAAAUAACUUUAACAAGAUUAAUGCUGAACAUGAAUCUGUUCUUAGAACAACCUCCUGUUUCUGACUCUUCACUGAUUCUGCGGCUGUCGUUAGCUUCUCCACCGUGUGAACUGACCAAUGAUCUGAUCCUCUUCACUGAAAUUUUUAGUCUGGUUUAAUGAAACCAGAACCUGUUCUUCCUGUGAUAGGAGCUUUGGAUCAUCUGUAUAAACUGGAACAGAUGUUUGACACUGAGGACUUGGGGACAACGGUACAGUAGAGAUGUAACUUUCUGACUUCAGGACGUCUCUGGCGUCUUUUAUAUGUUUAUACUGCUCGUGUUAAACACUCCCUCUCUGCCCCUUCCCUCUCCCUCCCCCUCCUCACUCCUCACUCUUAUUGUAGAAUGUAGUGACAUCUAGUGGUGAAGUGUCGUGUUGUAGCUGAACACCCCCCCCCCCCUCCAAGCAUGAAAGAGAACCUGAGGUAGCUUCAGUUGUCAUAAAAACUCACAAGGUUUAAUUUGUCCAGUCUGUAGCUACUGUAAAAAUAGAGAGAAAAUGCUGCUGAUGUACAUACAGGGUAUUUAAAUAUAAAGUAUUUGUAUAUAUAGUAUUUAAAUAUAAAGGCCCAUUCUAUUGGGAAGACAACAAUUUGUACAGUUUAGAUCAGUGGUCGCCAACCCGUCGAUCGCACAGUCUUCACUGUCAAUCUCCGAACUCUCUGGACUCAGAUUAGCUGUGUGUCGGUUGUCUGUGUGUCGGUUGUCGGUUGUUCAGAAGGCAGCGUGUCAGCUACCGGGGCGGAGCUGCAGGUUUAUCUCCUGCUUUGCUUUUGAAACAAGUCGGUUCAUGUACUAAACUAAACACCAGGACUCUACGGUCUGAAGACGCACACCUCCCGGUCUGUCGAUAACAAUCAAAGCCAUUAAAGUUCUUUUACUUUGAAACGAGUUCGGAAAGUGUUGUAAAUACGUUUGUGUCAUAGAAAGAUAAACAUUGUGUUUUACAGAAGAAUAAAAAUAACAAAAUAACUUUCACCUGAGUUUUAAUAUUUAUCUGUUGAAAUUAUGCCACAAACGCAUUUUUUAAAUGUUAAAACCACUGUCUGUGUUUCAAAAUAAAAGCACUCCAGCUGUUGAUGGAAUCCAUCAAAAAACUUUUUUUAUUGUGAAAUAUUUGCAGAGCCGGAAGAUGCACAUCUUCAUACUGUAUAGUACUGGUAUUAAUUUGAGUAUAAGGGUCUGUAAUACAAAUAGUACCAUUUAUGACCGUAUUCAAAUCAAAGCCCAUUCAACACUUUGUGCUGCAGCAGCAGCUCCUCUGCAGAACAUGUUGUUGAACUGAAGCUAAAUAUUGUGCACUGAACAGAUGCUGUGAAUAUGAAUUGAUGUUAAUGUGAAUAUUGUGCAUUGAAUAGAUAAAGUUGCACAACUGCC